AUGCUGCCCGUCCUGGGAGGCACACAAAGGUUCUUCCAGGUGGUACUCUUGUUGCUGGUGCUGGUUGUGUUCCUGAUGCUUGGCUUCCUGCAUGUGGACUUCAGACUGCUCACACCUCUGCUCAGGGAUGAGGCCCAGGAACCACCAGUCACCAACAUCAUGUUCCUCAAGACGCAUAAGACAGCCAGCACUACAAUACUCAACCUCCUCUACCGCUUUUCAGAAUCUCACAGCCUGUCUGUAGCGCUGCCCAAGGGCUCUAGCUUCCAUCUGGGUUACCCCUGGCUUUUUGUGACUCGGUAUGUGGAGGGCAUGGAGCAGGACGGCCACCUGAAUCAUCACUUCAACAUCAUGUGCAACCACCUGAGGUUCAACUUUCCUGAGGUGCAGAAAGUCAUGCCCAAUGACACUUUCUACUUUUCCAUCCUACGGAACCCAGUUUCCCAACUGGAGUCUGCCUUCAUCUACUACAAGGACUAUGCGCCUGCCUUCCAGAGAGUCAAGAGCCUGGACCAAUUCCUGGCAGAUCCGUGGAGGUACUACAAUGUCAGUGAGGGCCUGAACAAUGUCUAUGCGAGAAACAACAUGUGGUUUGACUUUGGCUUCGACAACAACGCGAGGGCUGAAGUGGACUAUGUUCGCACGUGCCUCGCAGAGGCGGAGCGCCGGUUCCACCUGGUGCUCAUUGCGGACCACUUUGAUGAGUCCAUGGUGCUGCUGCGCAGACAGCUGCGCUGGCAGCUGGAUGACGUGGUAUCCUUCAAGCUGAAUGCACGCAGCCAGCGUUCCGUCUCGCGCUUGACGCAGGAGAGCCAGGAGCGGGCCAAGCACUGGUGUGAGCUGGACUGGCAGCUCUACCAGCACUUCAACCGCACAUUUUGGGCCCAUCUGCACGCCGAGGUGAGCCCGCACCAGCUCAGGGAAGAGCUGGAGCAGCUGCGGGCCAGGCGUCGUGAGCUCACCAACCUGUGUCUUCAGGACCCCGAGCCCAAGAACAAGACACAGAUAAAAGACCGGAAUCUGCGCCCCUACCAGUCUGGAAAUGCUGAAAUUCUGGGCUACAGCCUUAGGCAUGAUCUGGACAACACUACACUGCGCAUCUGUCAGAGGAUGGCGAUGCCAGAGCUCCAGUAUAUGGCCCACUUGUACUCGUUACAGUUUCCCAACGAGCCUCCCAAGAACAUCCCAUUCCAGAAAUAG